CCUAGCAGCAAGCUAAGAACCGAUCCCAAAGGCGAAGUGUCUACCAUUUCGGUGGAUACACAUAUUGCCAGUCGCCAUUAAGUGUGUAUGAUACGAUGUAUUAGCUACAAAGAAGACCUGCAGUAAUCCAUCACGGAGCUGCUCUUUACUCGUACGAGCCAAACGUCAGCGGUAAUCCUCCCCGUCUUUGUUGUUUGUGGGUGGAUUGAUACGGUUAACGAGAAAGUAUCGAGAGCUUUAAAUAUUCAAUUUAACGUUAAUCGUUUCCCCCGCAAUAAAUAGUGAGAAACGCAGGGGGACGACUGGGUUUGACGUUGCAUUACAAUCUCCACGAAGCCGAUAUUAUCAGGAUACUGAGUUUAGAGCAACUGUAAGCGACGAAGGAUGUCUCCGCAUGGUGUGUGGGACACAGGAGCUCGAUUGAGCGUCCUUGUUGUGGUUUUCUGCAGCAUACUGGUUCCCUCGCCCACAGAGGCCUACAUCUAUGCUUAUUAUAGCAAUAUGACCUCCAUGUUGUUUGAGGACCUGCCUGCCUUGUUUGGCGCCCCUCUUCCUAAGGAUGGACUAAUGGCGGUUUUGAUAGCGUCCCGUCCACUGAAUGGCUGCACACCAAUAGACCCUCCUCCUCCACUGCCACCAUCCUUUGAUGCCAACACCACCAAAUUCAUCGCUCUAAUUAGACGCUAUGAAUGCAAUUUUGAUAUAAAGGUCUUGCACGCACAGCAAGCUGGAUACAGCGCUGCCAUCGUUCACAACAUGUAUUCAGACAAGCUGCUCAAUAUGAACUACAGCAAUGAAACUAUUGCAGAGGAAAUUGACAUCCCCUCUGUAUUCACCAGCUACUACGCCUCUCAAAUUCUCAGGAAUUUCAUAAUUCCCGAACGCGGGGCCUACGUGAUCCUCAAGCCGGAGUAUACUUUUCCACUCUCGUACUACCUAAUUCCCUUUACUGGAGUAGUUGGCAUGAUCAUUAUUGUGAUGUGUGUCGUCUUGAUGGUACGAUGUGCCCAGUAUAGAAAAAGGAUGAGGAGAAAUCGUUUGUCCAAGGACCAACUGAAGCGGAUUCCAACCCACAGGUUCUGUAAAGGGGAUGACUAUGAUUUGUGUGCAAUCUGUCUGGAUGAUUACGAAGAAGGAGACAAGCUGCGAGUUUUACCUUGUUCACAUGCCUACCACUGCAAGUGUGUGGACCCGUGGCUCACACAGACCAAGAAGACGUGUCCUGUGUGCAAACAGCGCGUCACUCGGAACAAUACGGAGCACUCCGAGUCCGAGUCUGAGGAGGAAACCGGAGGACGGGGCCGAGGAGAAGGAGCAGGGGGCGACGCAGACACGGAGCGCACUCCUCUGCUGAGACCCUCCAACCCAGGGUCUCCCUCGGGGAGCCCGGGGGCCUAUUCAGCCACCACGACUGCCCAGUGCCUCGCCUCCCCUGCACACUGCGACUCACCCAUCAUGGGUUAUGAAGGGUGCCCCGCCUCCCCUCCCCUCCACGACUCACCCGUCAUGGGUUAUGAGGGCUACUACUCCCACCCGGAGGACACGGACUCAGAAAGUGAUGGCGCCGGAGAGUACAGGCACCGCACUGAUGAUGACACCACUCGGCUCAUUGGUAGGGAUGGAGUAGAGAUCUGAUGGCCGGAGCAUAGCUGCAAUGAGAUUACUUGGUUUGACAUGUGUCUUUGUGUCAUGGGGGGGGGCAUGGUAUCACACAUGCUUUGAAAUAGUUUGGAGAUUUGUUGGUUAGCUAGACAUUUAUUGUCACAGAAUAUUUCCCCAGUAACCACAGGAGGUCUGCUUGUUACUGUAAGGAGUUUGACCUAAAUCCAGCGUUGAGCAACUCCCUUUCUCACACACACACACAUGGACUCCUAUAUUUGACUGUAGACCUCCUUUUUUCAAUGCAUGUUUUAAUCCUUCAUUUGACCACGCCACUUGACCUGAACACUAGUGCUGCACAAAGAGUGGCCCACUUGAAUCUAACGUUUUGUGGAGAUACGAGUGUGAGGUUCUGCUUGUGUUGCUAAACCGUAUGAGUUCUGUUCUCACGCUUGAAGCGGAUCCUCUAAAUACUCUCUGUACGGUUACGGUGAGGUUAGUGUAGUUUGAAGACUCUGUUGUCUUAAUCCUAAUAGUUUUUAUCAGACAGACCUUUUAAUCAGCUUUGCGUCUUUCCCUGACGAGGAUGUGCACGUGGCGGGAAAAUGUUUGUCUUCAUUUUAUCUCGUAAAACCCAUAACUCUCGACAUUUUUAGAGCUAUAUUUCAGUUCUUUGAAAUGUCAAUUUUCUCAGAUUCCAUAGUUCAUGCUAUAAAUAGAAUAUUGCAAAGAUGUUAUACAUUUCUGCUGCUUUUGAAUUGUUAUUCAUAAUUACGUGUGAUCGGUUCAAGGAAAAUAUGUUUAGCUUAAUCCAGUUUGUCAAGUUGAACAAACUCAGGUUUUUAGUAACCAAUGGAAGGUCGGUCCGUAUUGUAAAUUAAUAACAAAAUUAUAAUUAACAGGCUUUGAUCUUUUUAAUUGAUUAAUGUUAUAUUGAUUAAUACUCAAAGGCUUUUUUUUCAUUGGGACCCUGGAUGCGUUUUUAGGAAAAAAAGAGCAUUGCCUUACAUUGGCCUUGUACAUGUGUUUGGAAAUUGAAGGGAAAGUUGUCCCACUCCUUUGUUUUCCUCGUGUCUAGCUAGUAUGUAAUACUACUGGUUAGAAAGUUGUGAUUUUUAUUCCCUGGUCUGUAAAUGUGCUCCACUUUAUAGUUUUUGUUGUGAGGAACAAGACAGAGAUGGAUGGUGUUUUCAGAUGUUUAGUGUCAGUAAUAAUCCAGAUAGUCAGCUCAGACAUGGUCGAUUUGCAUUUCUAAAUAUUUAGAUAAACUCAGCGGCUGUCAAGCAAGAUAUGUUUUGUUCCUCUAUUUGAUAAAAUGACCUGACUGGUGGAGUCCACACUGCUGAGUUAUAUAAAGAGCAGUACAAAUAGAAACUGUAAGAAAUGUUAAAGCCAAACUGUUUCGCUGCUCCAAAUAAAUGCAGUUUUGAUACCUUGA